AUGGAGCAAUGGCCGGGUGCCGGCUGCACUCAGGAACAUUUGCGGGACCAUGCUGCUGCCGAUGUCCAGAGACUGCGGCUAAGUGCCAGCCCACCUCAGAAAACGUUCACGCAAUUGGGUGGCUUUUUGUUCAGUAAUUUGAACUUUGCUGACCCAAACAGAAGAAAGAAAUCUCUUGUUGGUUCACUCCUUGACCUUGGAUUUAAUGCUCGCGAAAGGGCUGAAGAUCGGUGGAGAAAACAUCGAGAUACUGAUAGUUUAGUGUUAAAAGACACUCCAGCAGAUAACACCAACACAAGACAUAGGGAUGGAUUUAGUAGCAGUGUCUCUGGGAAUUUGGGAUUUGGUUUGGGGACAUCUGAUCAAAAGGGAUUGGACUUUGGUAGAGCUGACUGGAGUGAAAUGAGCAACAGACGAUCUGCUGGGGGUGAAUCAAUAGGUUUUGGAUUUGAUGCCCGUAGCCCAGUUGGAACCGGGUCUUUUGGUUGGGAACUUGGAAAAAGGAAGGGCGAUAAUGCAUUUGGUUUUGGAGCUUCUGGUUCGAGUUCAUUUGGUGGCAGUGGCAUUAAUAGCAAAAUAAAAAUUGAAGGAAAUCAAGUGGGUAGUUCUGGAGGACCCAUUUCCAAUGAUCUAGGUAUUGAUAUCUCAUGUUUAUGCAUAAAAAUUUCUGAAUCAUGAAAUGUUUUCAAUGUACUCUGUGACGUCAUUUU